AUGUCAUCAUGUCAGAUUACCUUUGCUCUUUCCCUUCCCCUGUCGACCCUCGAACUCCGCCUUUUUGUUCAUCAAGCCUGCAAACCCAGUACCUCAGUCAAAUCACAAUGUCACAAUGGCAAAAUGACCGUCAGGAUAACCUACGAACGCAGAGUGAACGGCAAAUGUCAACGUCGUGUUGGUGUUUUUGUGCGCUCCUGCCUUUUGAACAGGCUCAAAUACGGUCCGUUGGAGUCUUUUGUCAACGCCAAGGCAACCAAUCACACAAACAUCGGCCAAAGAUACCAUAGACUGGGUCCGAAAACCGCGGAGCCUGAGUCACAGCUGCACAGGAAUGAAGGCAAAUUCGCGCCAAUUGAGUCGAAACGGAGUUCCAACUCUUCAUACCAGAACAAAGCUGGCGGAAAGGUAACUAAGCCAGUGGAGUUGGCAAAGCGGAAAAAGUCAGCGAAUUCCCAAGACGAAGGGAAGAAGGACACCGUCGCAAGGCAUACGCUGAAAAGUGGUCCCGUGCCGGAGAGUGAUUUGAAGGACCCAAAGAAACGCAGCUGGCAGAAGUCAGGUAUGCUUUUUGACUUACUCUGA